AUGGCAGCUUGGGAUAGGUUACGUGACAUAUUUCAGGACAAUCAAAAUUCUUGUGUAGUUUUUCUCGAACAUGACUUCGCUCAUGUCAAAAUAAGGGAUUAUCCCAACGCCACUUCUUAUUGUCAACGUCUCAAAUCAUUGUCCGGUAAAUUGAAGAGUAGAAAACCCCUGCCUUCUUUCACCGAAGCCCGUUCCAGUCUCCGCCUUGAAGAGAAGGCACUUGCAGAGAUGUUGGAUGAUUCACCUUCGGCUAUGGUUGCAGCGUCUCCUAGGGAGUAUGAUGACUCCUCUUCUUAUGGAGAUAAUCCGGGUCACAACUGCAGUCAGAACAAGAAAAGCACGGCGGUGGAGGUCGUGGCUCAGGCUCAGGCAGUGGCAACGCCGGACGGCGGUGGCGGUCGAGGCUCCGGCAACAACCAACCCACUGCUCCGGCAUAA